CUAGGUUGCAGCAGAUGCCUGGGCUUCAGGUAGUUCGAUGGAAAAUUAUGAGUGGCUACUUGAUCCACACUGCCGAAAAAGGUGAAAGCUGCUCCUUUCAGUCACCAUGAUCGGACGGUCAGAGGAUCAAAAAAAAGAAAAAGGGAAGAGAAAAAAAAAAAAAAAAGAAGGGCAUUCCGUCGUCGGUAUACAGGCUUAAAACCAGGGCAUCCACACGUGCCAAUCUCACGCCAUCCACAUCCACCUCUUCCGGGUAACAGAAAUCCACCCCGCCCGCCAUUCCUCUCUCUCUCUCUCGUAGUGGGAAAGUUGGGUUGCUGCCCGCCAAAAGCCGUUUGGUUGCUCCGGUUAGCAGCAGCAUGAUCGCCUCCGAUUCCAGAGUCUCACAAGUCCCGCUGCUUGUUUCGAGAUCUACCUCGUAAUCAAGUAAGAACCGCGUCGAGGAAUGAUGGGCGAGAAGGAGCCAUCGGCUUCGCUCCAACGGAUGAACGAUGGCAACUACGCAACGUACUUCGGCGUUUCCUGCGCUUUCGUCGCUCUCCACCUCAUGUCGAGGAGGAGGAGGAGGCUCGAUAUGGAGCACGCCCAACGGUGCCGCCUCGAGGAAUUGAUGCUUCGAGGGAGCGCGCAGCUCCUGGGGUUGCUUGUGGAGAGAGUUGGGCGAAGGGAGGAGGCAUUGGAGGAGAAGCUGCGGAAGGCUGAACUGGAGGUUGACGAGCUGAAACAGCGGAGAACUGAGGACGCCAAGGCCAAUGAGAAGGUUGCGAGCAUCUUCGCCGCCCAUGAGCAGAGAUGGAUCGCGGGAAGGAAGAGCCUCGUGCGUGAGAUCCGAUGCCUCGUCGCCGAGUUGCGGAUCCUGAAGGCGAGGAACGAAGAGGUCGUGCUGGACUCGAGGAGGAGAGCCGAGGAGGACGAGUCCGCGAUGCGUGUUAAGGAUGAAGCCUUGGAGGAAGAAGCAGGGAAGAGGAGAGAGCUGGAGGAGAAGCUGCGAUUGGCGGAGGAAGCGAUGGAGGAACUGGAAGAGAGGACGAAGAAGGAGGCGCAAGAGCGCUCGGCCGAGCUUUGGAAGCAUAAGACGGCGUUCGUGGAGCUCGUCUCCAACCAGCGCCAGCUGGAAGCUGAGAUGGCUCGUGCCCUCCGGCAGGCCGAGGCGGCGAAGCAAGAGCUGGAUGAGGUCUUCGAGCGGAAGGAGGAAGCAGUCGCGAUGGUCGAGAAGCUUUCUGGGGAGAUCGUCAAACUUCAGAAGGAUGCCGAGCAGAAGGAUAAGAUCCUAUCGGCCAUGCUGAGGAAAUCCAAGCUCGACACCGCGGCCAAACAGAUGCUGCUGAAGGAGGUGAAGAUAUCGAAGGCUAAGAAGAAACAGGCCGAGCUGGAGAUGGAGAGGUGGAAGAACAUGUGGGAGUCGCGGCACAAGAAGGGAUCGAGGGCGGCAAGCUCUUGGGAGGCAGGUUGUUCGCAGAACAGAAGAGCAGAAUUCCAGCUAGAGAACCGUGGAUACGGCUCCAGGACUCUGCUUUCAGAGUACUUGGAAGCUGAGAGCAGGAAAGAGCAUGAAUCUUCCUCCGCAAAGGGAGAAAGCUUCAUCACAACAAUUGAAUGUUUGGACCGGGACUCGAGCGAUGGGAGCGACGACCACCCAGUUAGCGAUGACUUUGAACGACUGCAAGAUUGGGUUCGCUUGGAGACUGAGAAGUAUGCGACCAUCCUUGAGCAAAGGCAUUAUGCAGUGAUAGAGGCAUUCACAGAGCAACUGAGAAUCAAAGAUGAGAAACUAGAAGCACUUCGAUGGCAGCUUCUAAGCAUGGAGCUCGAGUCAAAGCGGCUUCAGUCUCACAUAGAAGGACUCGAUGGGAACCUGUCUCACUUCAAAGAGGAAAACUUUAAAUUGGAAGCCCUGUUGUUGGACAAGGAAAAGGAGCUGAAAUUGUUGAAAGAGGAAAUCAGAUACCACGUCCAACACUGCCAAAAGAAUGACUCAAAUUCUUCUCCCCGUUUCGACCACUUGAAAAGGAGUUCUUCCAGUUCUGAGUCCUGUGAUUCUCAGGCUCUUUGGUCAGAAGUGAAGAUCACAAAGAGGAAGCCAAGGGAGAAAGAGCAAGAGUCGAAAACCAGCAUAGUUAGAGGCACCCAGAAGGUAGUUGCUCGAGAGAUGGAUGGUCGGAAUGCCAACGAAGAAACAGAACUGAUGCACCUGGAAUCACACAAAAAUAGAGAAUUUAUGUGCAAAGAGAGUACAGCUACUGGCGCCAGAACAAUUAGUCCAACAAAUGUAGCACCACCAGCCGAUAAAAAUUUUGAGGAAAAUGCGAUUGUCUGUGUUAGUGAGACACCUUCAGAAGAACCUAAAAGAGCGGAGAAUACAUCAAGGGACGAAGUACAGAGUAUCAUCCUGACAUCCCAGUCUCCCAAAGAAGAGAGCGAAGAAGAGAAAGAGGUUAGCAUGGACCCAGGUAAUGUUCACUUGAUGAAUAGCUUUCAAGAAGGGGCUGACAUCGAUGGUAAGUUGUCAUCAGUUGGGCCAUCGAUUGUAAAGAAGGAUUCUUCUUGGAGAAUGGAUGUUCAUGCUCUUGGAGUUUCUUACAAGAUCAAAAGGCUGAAGCAGCAACUGCUCGUGAUCGAAAAGUUGGCUGAAUCUCAAGCAAUGAAUCAGCUGACGACCAAGGAUGAUGCAUCAAAUGACAGAGCUGAUGAGAACAGGCAGCAAGAUAAGGGGGUCAUGAUGAUGAUUUCUUCACUAAAUAAACAAGUGAAAAGGUAUCAGUCUCUUGAAGAGAAGACAGAUGACCUGUGCCAGAGAAUGCACGAGAACUACCGAUCUGGAAGCAGCAGGAAUUCACAACUUGGCAGGACAAAGGAACAAACUGAAGCACUCAAGCACUUCCUGGAAGAAACCUUUCAGCUGCAAAGGUAUAUGGUGGCGACAGGCCAGAAGUUGAUGGAGAUGCAGUCCAGGAUUGCUUCCAGCUUUGCUGGUAAUUGCGAACUUGGUGAGUCUGUAGGCUUCAAUAAAAGGCUGUUUGCAGAUAACGUAAGAACUCUCCUCAGGGAAAUCCAGAGGGGUGUGGAGGUUCGGAUAGCUCGAGUUAUUGGAGAUCUUGAGGGGACUCUAGCUUCUGAUGGCAUUCUUCACAGGUGAAAAUGAAAUGAGUUUUAAUUGUUUUCCUUGUAAACAGUGCGAUCUUCACAAUAUGAAUCAUAGGAAAUAUAGAUAAACCAAAAGUGUUUUUUCUUUUCUUUUCCUUUCUUUUUUGGAGUAUAUUUAGGAAUGCUUUGUUUUUCUUUUGCUGCCUGAGCUUGUAAUGAAAGUUAAACUCCUGAGAAUAAAGUGUUUCCUUUUUCUUUUGCUGCCUGAGCUUGUAAUGAAAGUUAAAACUCCUGAGAAUAAAGUGUUUCCUUUCUCA